GAAUCAGGCUGCUGAAUGGCAAGAAUCCCUGUUGUGGUAAAGUGGAGAUCAAUCGUAAAGACCAAUGGGGAACAGUAUGUGAUGAUGACUGGAACAUGAAUGAUGCAGCAGUGGUGUGCAGAGAACUGGGUUGUGGCAAAGCAGUCAGUGCUCUUCACACCAGCCUUGAACAGGGACGUGGCUUGAUACUUCUGAGGGAUUUUAACUGUUUUGGAGGAGAAAGCGCCAUUUCAGAAUGCUUUUAUAAGGAAUCUGAAUCCCAUAAUUGCAGUCAUGGCAAAUAUGCUGGUGUUGUUUGCUCUGGUGACCUGCAGAGCCCCAUGUUGUUUCUUAACUCAUCACAAUUUGUUGGAGAGGCUGUUCAGUUCAGAUGUAUUGCACCCUUCCCAACUUGCAUCCCUGUGGACUUCAAAUUAUACAGAAAUGGAGAAUCAAUAAAAACCCAAACUGCUGAAUUUUCAACAACAUUUAAUUUGACUGUGGAUUCCUCGCAUCAGGGCCAGUACAGCUGUGACUAUUCAUUCCAGGGAAACAGCUCUAUCACGUCCUCCAAGAGUAACUCCGUUGACAUUACUGUGGUGACCCCUCAUUACUUGUGGAUGGGGACCUGAUUGUCCUGGAAGAGACAACUCCCAACAAGAUAUGUUUCAUCACAGGAUAAAG